GGUAGCAAUAAUAUUGUCAUUCAUUCCAAGUUGCCAUGUUAGUUAAAAAUGGCUUCGGUUAGGGGAUUUAGCAAGAAUAUCCCUUUCAUUAGACAACAAUUCCUUGCAUUAUUAGGAAAUACUAGUGCAUCUGUGAAAUUUAUUUGUAUUGUAGUACUAUGUAGUUACUUUCUGUCUUUCUCAGACGAGGCAGUCCGUGUAUUAAGUGUAACGCCAGGUUAUCUGUUGCCACCUGUAUUUUGGAUUUGGACUGCUUUUACGUAUUGCUUUCUUGAAAUUCAUUUUUGGGAAGUAUGUGUGGAUGUCGUAACAGUUGGUUUGUGCGGAAAACUCAUUGAACCAUUGUGGGGGGCAUUAGAAAUGAUGACAUUUUUUGCAAUUGUCAACAUGGGUGUUGCUAUACUUAGUGCGUUUUUCUACCUAAUUUUGUACAUGUGUACAUUCAAUACAGAUCUUUUAUUCACUGUACACAUUCAUGGUUUAGCCGGUUACAUUGCUGGUGUUUCUGUAGCAGUGAAACAAAUAAUGCCAGAUCACAUGAUUGUCAAAACUCCUCUGGGUAAACUAACGAACAGAAAUAUUCCAUUAAGUGUGUUCUUCAUGUCACUUAUCUUUUGGUUGGUUGGUCUGCUGGAAGGAACGUAUCCAACAAUGUUUCUGUCAGGAUUAUUAAUCAGCUGGACCUACUUGAGGUUCUAUCAGUACCACAGUAAUGGAACAAGAGGUGAUAUGGCAGACAACUUUACAUUUGCUAGUUUGUUCCCUAAUGUUCUACAGCCUCCUAUUGCUGUGCUAGGCAACACAGUACAUGGAUUUCUUGUCCGAAUUGGUAUCUGCCGCCACACUGUUCGCAAAUUUGAUAUGGCAGCCCCAUCAGGAAUCACUAUCAGUUUACCUGGCAUUGAUCCACAUGACAUGGAGAGAAGAAGGCAAAUUGCACUAAAGGCAUUAAGUGAGAGACUAGGCAAGGUGGAAUCACAGCCGACAGCAACAGUUAGUUGGGAACAAGACCGAAACAAAGUUCUUGCUGUUCCGUCAACAAGUCAAGCUGUUUCAAUCGCAAUGCCGUCAGAAGAAACGCCAGCAAAGCCUACAGUUAGUUCACCUGGUCCAGCUGAUAGAAUUAUUACCGUAGAAGCUGAAUUGGCAAAAACGUGAUAACGGGAAGUCAGAACGGAAUGGAACUAUCUUGUCAGAGAGAGAAUUGUGUAUUGUACCAUGGUGUAACAUAUUUUUUUUUUUUAAAGUCAUUCAUCCAUUAGAUUUUUCUGUAUAGUAAUGUUAAGGAAAUUUGUCUGUCUGUUCAAAUAUCAGAUAAACUUUGGUUUAUAUUUAAACCUGUUGAGAGAAAAUAGUACUGUUGUGGGUAUGGGAUUGUUCUAGAUAGUGAAAAAAUGUAAAAUAAAUACUGGAACUCAAGCACCAUUGUCCAUAAGAAAUUCAUGCUAAUAAAUGUAGCAUAUGAUGUAUUUAAAUUAUGCUGUAUCAGCUGCAGUGGUUAUUUAUUGUCAAAUGACGACAGGUUAUGUUCUGUCAUUCACCAACAGUGACUGAAGAAAACAAAAGACUCUGUCAGGACAGUCGGUGUUCCAGUUGAGAUUCGAACCGAGCACCCCUCAAAUACAAGUCAAGGGCAUUAGCACUUUAGACAAGUGCUUAGUUAACUGAGAUGUGUAAACCGUAAGAUUCUUCAAAAUAGGAACUUUCCACAAGUAAAUAAUUGACAAUUUAUGGGGAAAUUGCUUCCAUAUACAUUCUGUGGAAAUAUUUGAUGAAAAAUAACACACAUUUAGAGUGACAAUUGUUAUAUAAGAAGGUUAAUUGUGUGAAAUGUGUUUUAUCAGAACGUUGUUUAUGCAGAUUAAUUGAUGUUAGGAUGAAGCAUUUAAUAAAGGACAGUUUUCUCUUCCAGUUAGUCUUAUGACCUUAUCGAUAACCUAACGGUUAAUGUCGCACAUCACUGUGUAUUGGUAAUUUGUCAGCUGUUAUUUACGAACAGAACACAUUGUUAACACAGUUUGCACGCACGUGUGUAAAUAUAUAUAAGAACAUAGUCAUGAAUAUCAGAUGUGUUAAUGAAUGGACAGAAGUGAACUACAUUUCCAUAAAAUGAAAGUUAAUAUUAGUAGAACCAUUAGAAUCCCGUAUAACUGGACCAUUAUUAUUCAAAUGAGUAAUAAUAAGAUGCAUAUAUUCACCUAACUUUAACUUCGUUGUGUCAGUCAAUGCAUGUAACUUAAGAACUGCUGAACAAAUUUUCAUUAAAUAUGAUAUGGGGAAAUUUGGCAAAAAUUUGUCAAGAGAGCCCAGUUUCAGGUACAAUCGGACAAUAACAGUGGGUACUUUGCAUUAAGACUUUGCGCGUUUAUGCGCACAGAACUGAUGGUGAAUAUUCGUGGAAGUCGCACAACGUGGCGAAUCUCUGAUUUUGACUUAGUCGGAGCCAUUCGAAAAAGACAAACGUCAAACCCUGGUUAAUGCACAAGAAUAUGAUUUAUGCUAGAUAUACAUUUCCUAGGAUGUAUAAUUUUAAGUGCUAUAAAAAAAAAGAUGGAAGCUGAAACUGAUAUUCUCAAGAAAAUAUGAAAGUAAUUCUUGAUACCACUGUUACUUGGAACAAAUUAGUAAAAAUAUGAAAAAUCUACAUUAGACAACCUUACUUGUAAAAGUAUUAAUCCUAAUAAAUAUAUAACUUACAA